AUGCAUUAUUUUAAAUAUGCUUAUAUCCCUUGUGCUGGAGUUUUCUGCUUCAAUGUUUUUGUCAUAAAGAGGUUUGACUGUUCAUCCAAGAAGAGGACUGAAUGCCACUCCCUACUUCAGGACAACAUUCUGUACACAACUCAAGAUUCUGAUUCACACUCUUUGUUUAUGGAACUGUCCCGAUUAUUCUUUGAUGGUUCUCCCGAGUUGCAUUUGGCCAAUUUCCUUCACAUGAUCACUACUAUGGCAGAAUCUGGUUCAACUGAAGAGCAAAUGGAGUUUUUCAUCCUUAAUAGCCAGAAGAUGGAAAAGGUUCCCAUUGAGGAGCCUGUCUGGUCUCUUUCUUCUGCACUGUCAUUGUUGGAGAAUAAUGGAGCACUUUCUGGAAAUGCCCUUUUUACAGAUAUAAAUGACCAGGUAUCUUCCAAUUCCAAGGAAAAGCGAGCACACUCGUGCUGGCCUCCUGUGGACUGGAAAACUGCACCCGGGUUUAGUUGUUCACUAGCAAAAAGUUCCAGGUCACAACCUGUGAUCAUGGAUCAAAGUCGCAAUACAGGAACAGUUGAGGGUCUUUCAGUACAGGAGGAAGCUGAAGUGAAUUUAAUCAACAUAGACGAAGAUGCUAUUAUUGAAGAUGGAGUCGUAGGCCCUGAUUCAUCUGCCUUCCCUCUUUUUGAAAAUCAAAAUGAUCUUAUAUGCAACCAGCUUCCAUCUAUGGAAAUGUUACCUGAUCCUACCAACAUUGUCGUUGAGUCCCUUUGCCCAGAAGCGGGACAAUCAAAAAGCAGAGAUCAGCAUAAUACUCCGGGUGCUCAAGAAGCAAUGCGAAUUGGUAGACUUGGAGAGCUGGUGGCUUUCAGAUACUUGGCAGGAAAAGCUGAUGGAGCAAAAGUGAAUUGGGUCAAUCAAGAUAAAGAGACGGGCUUACCAUUUGACAUUGUGAUUGGAGAUGAAAAGAAUAGGGAAUACAUUGAAGUGAAAGCUUCUAGAUAUUCUAAGAAAGAGUGGUUUGUCAUAUCAACACGAGAGUGGCAAUUUGCAGCAGAGAAAGGUGAUUCUUUCAGUAUAGCAUAUGUUGUUCUUUCUGGCCAAAAUCUUGCUAGUAUCAUGGUUUAUAAGAAUCCGGUAAAACUCUGCCAACUCGGAAAGCUGCAGUUGACUGUUACAAUCCCAAAAUCAUAUCAAGAACCCUCUCAGUAAUGUUCCGCAUCUCUUUCAUAUGCUGCCAGGUGAUCUGUAUACGACUGAUUACACCUUUUGAAUAACAAGUGAAUUCUCUGUCUGAUCUGUUCAGCUAUGUUGCCAUGGAUACAAUUGCUACAGAUUAAUGUCCUCGCAUUGGUGAAAGCUGUCUCUGUUUUUUAUGGAGGGAAUUAGACGUGUAAUUCAAUCCAAGGAUGAAAUUAAUACUCCUUACUUCAUAAUUUUGUAGGAGAGGUCAGAGAUAGAGAGAGAAACUACAGCCAAAAGUCGUGAUGUUACACCUAGUAUGCAGCUUUAUAAGUGAAACGUUGUGAUUAUUAAGAAAAACAGUUGAAAUAUAAAGAAAAUUUUGGAUCACUUUUUAUUCUUGGCUCAAGGACCAUUAUUUUGUGUUUAAUUUUUAUUAAACAUGUAAAUAUGUAAUACUGUAAAUGGUAGACUGGUAGUCUAGUCGAUGCAAAGCUCCAAGAAAAUUCCUAAGUUAAUUUUUAAUCCAAGUUUUAUAACUUGUUUAGUUGUA